AUGACUAGAAACAAGGGAACAUGGGCUGAUUAUGAGAUAAAACAGCAACGAGAAAAAUUUCGAACAAUAUCAGUAACUGUAUGUGGUAUAUUACAUACAGGUACACAAUUAUCAGCAAUAUCAGAAAAAGGAGACGAAGAAGAAGACCACAUGAAUACUUAUCAGCCAGUGGAAUUACCAAGCGGUGUUACAGGAACUAUGGAUAGAGAACGCACAAUAUUAUCGUCUAAAUUAUAUGCUAUGUUGAACGAAUUACAUUAUAAAAAGCAAGUACAACCAUUAUCAAAAUCUUCGUUGUUAUUACAACCCGUUACAAGCCAGAUAAUACUGGUAGUGGCAGUAGCAGGACAUUGGACAAUGAGUUAA